UCGGUGAGGAGGGCAAGAGAUGACGACGGAGAUGGGGUCCAGGUGUUCCGGGGCUUUGGGAUUACUGCUGCUGGUUGCCAUCGCGACAACAGCGAACGGUAGGAAGCACUCGGAACCCUACUACGGCGUGCUGAUUGGUCAGCUGCAGAAUUUCGCGCACGGUAUCAACGGAACUGCUUACGCCGUGGACGAGAGCACCAUCUUCAUCAAGGGAUUUUCGUACGACGGCACCGGCCCCGACGCCUUCUUCUGGAUAGGAAACUCGCCGCGGCCCAGUCCGGAGGGCUACAUCAUUCCCUAUCCAGAAGAUUACGUCGGAAGGGAUCCGCCGGUCUUAAGGGCUUACAAGAACGCGGACGUAAUUCUAAGGCUGCCGAUGGGGAAGAGGAUCAAGGACAUCCGAUGGCUCUCAGUCUGGUGCAGGCGAUUCACGGUCGAUUUCGGUGAGGUUUUCAUCCCGCCCAAUCUGGAGGUACCAAAGCCCCGGGUGCUGCCGGAAUUCAAGCGUCUGGCGCACGGUCUCCGCUCCGACAACAUCAGCAUCCUGGAUGCAAAGACCUUCUACAUACCAAAUCUGCAUUACGACGGUGCCGGUCCGGACGCCUACUUCUGGGUGGGUAACGGCACAGAGCCGACGCCGUUCGGCAUAAAGGUGGCAAACGAGAUGGGCUCUUUGGACCCUCUGCGCGGAUACCAAGGUGAAGACAUCGAGAUUCAGUUGCCCGCCUCGCUGACCGUCUACGACAUCGACUGGUUGGCCGUCUGGUGUGUCCAGUACAGGCACAACUUUGGUCACGUCAUGCUUCCCAAAGAUCUGGACGUUCCGCCGGCCCUAGGUCAAACAAAGAUAUCGCCGCCUUGGUGGUACAACCCUACCAGCUCGACGGGCCGGCCCUCCGCACCGACCAAUUGCAGGGAGUUCCUGGAUAAGCGCAUGCAAGUGCGAUGGGAACCAAAGGGCGAUCAGGUGCAGAUCACUCUCUCGGCGAGGAUACGCGAGGACCAGUACAUGGCGUUCGGUCUGAGCGGUGCUCAGAAUAGACCGCAAAUGGUCGGGGGCGAUGUGACGGUGGCCUUUUACGAUACAGAGACGAGAACAUUCCGGGCGGUCGACUAUUACAUGUCGCACACGGCGCAAUGCGACGGUAAAUCUGGAGUGUGCCCGGACGAGAGGAUCGGAGGCAGAGACGACGUUACCAUAGUGUCCGGUGAUAGAAAGAACGGUGUUACGACCGUGACGUACACCAGACCUCUGCAGACGAACGAGGCGGUGAACGACAGGGCGAUUCCGACGGACGGCCAGGUCAGCGUGAUCGCCGCCUUCGGACCGCUGAACGCUCGCAAGGAGGCGAACGCGCACAGCAUCACCGACAAAACGACCGUCGACCUGAAGAUCAACUUCAGCGAUUUGGAUGAUGCCGGAUGCACGGGUAGCCUGGAGAACCUCGUCGAUCCUGACGGACCGAAACCGUGGCCACCGCUUCGCAUCCUCGGCGAGGUCACGUUCACGGCGCGCAUAGGACCGACGGGCGGUAAACGGGGUUACACUCCGAUCACCGGUCAACCGUCCUGGGGCAUCGCCUGGUACAUAAACGACAUGCUCAUACCUGAGCUUUACCUGGAGCGCGGCCAGACGUACACGUUCCUCGUGGAGGGCGGCGACGACUCGACGAAUCCCGCCCGCUAUCAUCCGUUCUACAUAACCGAUUCCAGGGAGGGCGGGUACGGCCAGAAGACGCCGCGCGACCAAAGAAAGCAGAAGGUGUUCGCGGGCGUCUCCUUCGAUCACGACGGUUAUCCGUAUCCGACUGCUUCCGGCCGCUACUGCGAAUGGGCUCACAAGAGCAUAGACAAAUCCGCCGAGACGGAGACCUUCGCCGAGUACGUGGAAACGUUGAGGCUCGAAUGCGACAACGGACUGCCCGGUUUUCUCAAUUGGACCGUGCCCAUGGAUGCUCCGGAUCUCCUCUACUAUCAGUGUUAUACGCACAACAACCUUGGCUGGAAGAUCAACAUCGUGGAUCCGGGCUACAUCGAUAUGCAGAACGGAUCAGGCAGCGGCGGCGGAAGCAGCACCAGCAGCGGUCACCGGAUGAUUGGCGUUGGUCACGUUCCUUCGACGACGGCGUUGACCGCUCUCUGCCUCCUCAUCCUCGCCGCCCUAUCGAUACAUACGCGGCGGGGGCGCAUUUUCUAACCCAGUUACAGAAGGAAUUCAUUCCCGCGAUGAACGAACACAACAUGGGCAUGGUCUUUCUAUCAACAUUCCCUACACAGAACCUCAUCCUUUUCCUCCUCUUCCUUACUCCCGCUCUACUCUACUUUAUAUUUCAACGUUUUUGAUUGAUCGAUGAUCUGCGAGAUGAGAAGAAAUCCUCGCAAAAUUCGAUCCCGAACGAAACGCGACAAUAAUGACGACGAUGACAAUAAUGAUGAAACGUGUCAAUAAACACAGUAAAU